AUGGCAAAACUCACUGAUGAUGCCGACUACGAUGCCGGCGAAACGUUUGAAAAUGUAUCAAGUCCACAUUUAGAUGCUGGGAAUCAUGACAACUACUAUGGCAGACGACUUCGGACUAGACUCUACCACUUCAAGCCUGCCGCCAACUCUGCUUCUGUACAGCCGCCCACUUGGACCCCCAAUUUUCCUGGCUCUUCAAUGAGGCUCCGUCCUGCGAGUAUAUCCGACAAAGGGGCUGAAGUCACUUCUGUCGUUUCAAAAUCUCUCGCUCUUCCCUCCCAAGGCAGCACGAAUCUUCCAACACCGACAUUAUCCCUAACCUCGUCACCAACCACACCAAUUGGGCAAGAGCAUUUGUCCGAACACGACGUCCUGAAUGUGUUUGCACGCCAGAAGCCCCCAAUCGGGUCAAGGUCUCAGAGCUCCAGUCCCGACCUCGGACUCCUCGGCCGAGUAAGCCGACUUGUCGAGCCAGUGAGGAAGAGCACCAUUCCCACUUCCAAAGCUACGUCGACGACGUCCAUGGCCUCGUCACUGCCUGUGAUCAAGGGCAAGGGUGUCUUGCUCAGUGUUCCGUGUCAUUUAAUAACUCUGCUUGAGGCAGUUGAAGGGGUAUUUACGCUGACUUCUUCUCGACUACUGUUCACGGACCGUGAAACAACGUUGGACCAAACCACGGUUUUCUCGACCCCGACCGCCAUCACCGGUGCACCUGUAGACAUUAAUGCAGUGGAAAACUUGCGAUUACGGCGCAGCUUAAAUAGCGGUUUGGCCUUUGAUUUUGCUCGAAGGCCACUCAGUAGAACACAAUUCACUAAUGUUGUCGCGUCCAGCACAGCCAGUCUGCUUGGACUCAGAUAUCAGGGAAAUAGUGAGUGCCGUUCAACGAAAUGA